CAUCCACCAUCUCACUCCGUUCAGUGUAGGCAAGAUGUCGGGGACCAAUACUGCCAAGGCGCCGAAUGUAUGCCUCGCUUGUAAGGCGCGCAAGCGACGCUGUGACAAGUCGCUGCCGCGCUGUCAUUUCUGUGCCCACCGUGACCGAGUCUGCCGGUAUCAAUACUCCACCUUCGACGGGCGUCAGCGCUCAGUCGGAGCCCCAGUACGCAGUUCACCCAGCCGCCGCUCUUCAAGCAGCUUUGGCACAAAUGACGACGCAUGUUCGGCUAGCAAUUCGACCCGCAACGCGCACGGCCAGCCCGUUCCACCGAUGUCUCGGGAUCAAACCAUCCAAGGUUCAUUGUGCGUAGAGGCUCGGCGUCUUCUUGAUAUAACGGGACUGUAUCUCGAUGAGAUUACCAUCCGUUACUUCCAAGGGAUUGGUACUUUCGUUCCCAUGGUCGACCGGGCGCGGUUUCAAAGUCAACUAUUGGCCUCUGAGCCCUAUCCUCAGCCCGACUUUGCGUUGCUGCUGGCGUGCAUGGGGCUAGUAAUAUCCUCAGAUAAAUUGCCUAGUCGACCUCGUCAAGACGAGACCUUCCUUGGCCAGGAUAUAACUCUCUAUGCAGCCACCAAGGCCCUCAUGGCCCACGUGCAAGCCCUCUGUCCACCUACAACCCGUCUUGUCCAGGCUGGUGUGCUGAUCUCGGUCUAUGAGUACGCCCAUGGCUAUCCAGAUCGGGCUUUUGUGACGAUUGGCACUUGUGCCCGUAUGGCGUAUGCGGCCGGGUUACGAUCGGCACCUGCUCUGACAAGCCCCAUGUCGUCUCAGACAGAAUGGGACUCGGUAGAAGAAGAGAUUAAUACCUGGUGGACAAUCUGCAUAUGUGAUCGAACCUAUCUCUGUGAUGUGAAGGUUAUGGAUCAACCGCUCGGGUCCGUAAUGCCCUCCGGUGGUAGUCGCCUACCGCUUGAGUACCAGGAUUUUAGAGCUCUCGCCUGGAUGGGCUCUAUCGCUGGUGUUGCCGUCGAAGACCUCGAUUCGCCCAAGGUGGGCAGCUUUGGGCGCGCCAGCCAAGCAGCAUGGCUUUUGGAUGAUGUACUGCAGGGAAUGUCCAUGAAGGACCCUGAUCGCAAACAGGCUCAUCUGAUUGAGUGUGAUCGGAGAUUACAAGAAUUCCUGGCCACUUUGAUGCAACAGUCUGGCGGCGAUUCAAGAAUGUUCUGUGUGUCAAUCGCGCUGACAUUUCGAACAUUGUUCCUUCUCCAUGAAACUCUUCUCGAGCUGAAUGCACGAGAGCGUGCCAGUGACGACGGCCAGAUCCGUAUUUCACAGUCGGCGCUGGAUACGGUCACCAAAAUGGUUAUCGACACUGCAGCAACCCACGAGCACGUCGCACUCACUGAGGUCGACCGCCUCCCUCCUAGCUUCAUGUAUGUCAUUCGUGCGGCGUUGAAGCACAUUCAACAUUCCCAAUCGACAACACCAGACCCGCAGCUUCUUGCCUCGCUCAAGCAGUUCGAAGCCCGAUGGGGCGCGUCAUCAGGUUCAAUCUUGUCUACACGUGAUGCACAGAAUUGUGGGUUUAUAUUGUCAAUUUAGGAUUCUCCUAUGAUCUCUUCGUCCCCAAAAAGGUAACCAGAGGUUUAUCAACCAUCGUCUAGUCAACAUUGACAAUUGCGAUCACGCCUCCUAUUCUUCGCGACCGCUACACUAAUAGGUCCCCGGCAUGACAGACAAUCUGCCCCCAUCGGUGAUCAAAAUUGACCCAUUCGAAAAGCCCCCCGC